GUUUAUUGCCUCCGGAUCAAGCUAAAGUUCUUACAAACGACGCUAUACAAGAUCCAACUAAAGUAGAGGCCCAAGUUCAGGAUGCCAAGAAAGCUAUUAUAGUCUGCGUUUACAAAGUUAAUGACCUUUCACAUCCUAAAAUGAAAUUCAAAGUUGACAUGAAUGCACAACAACUUGGGCUUACCGGUACAGUAAUCAUCAACCCGAAUUUUAGUGUUAUCAUCGUGGAAGGUGGACCAAAAUCAAUAAAAUAUUAUAAAAAAUUAAUGUUACGACGAAUUGAUUGGCAAGAUACAACUAGAUUGGGAGAAGGAAGUAAUAGUGGUGUUGGUGGUAUUGGUGAUCUUCAAGAAUCUGAUGAACUGAUGAUAACCAAAGAACCAAAAGAGAACAAGUGUUCGUUAAUAUGGGAAGGUGAAGUUAAAGAACGCGGGUUUAAAGGAUUUUGGUUCAAGACUUCUCCAACAGAUAAUAUGGCUAGAGAAUACUUGAAAAAACAUAAAGCUGAACAUUAUUGGGAUUUGGCAAGCAAAUUUACUGAUGAAUUGGGUGAAUUGACUACUUUG